CGCAAGACGUACACGGCAGUGUGUCUUCUUGCAUCAUGAUAGGCCCAUGCCUGGGCCGCUGUGCAUGGAUUGCGUACUUCUCUUAUAUACUAUAGACGUCGAUUCGCAUAAGCUAGUACGAUCAUGAAUAUUUCGCGGCAAGUGACUCAGGCCGACUUGCUCUCAGGCUUGAACUUAAACUACGCUUAUGUUGCACUCACAUCGCUUUGGUCGUAUGACUACAUCCUGUGCCUGCCCGACGCAGUCACUUUUCUCGCCGAGUCUCGAUGGGGGUUCUGCACAUUUCUGUAUCUCACUUGCAGCCACUUGCCAUUUGCCUUCUUGAUAUUGAAUUUGCUUGUGGUCUUACAGCCUGAUGCCCCAAUCCUUAUUUGCCGCACUUAUAAUGUCAUUAAUACCUAUGUAGGGAUAUUGACGGUCGCUUGCGCUGAGUGUAUAUUUAUUAUCAGAGCAUAUGCAGUAUGGGAGCGGGAGAGAUGGACUGCGGUGUACGCGGUCAUCAGCACUAUUGCCUAUCUAGUAGCGAUUGCCAUCUGCCUGCAGGAAUAUAACUUUUCGGUCCCUGAACCAUGCUGGAUCCCUGGCAUUGCUAAAUAUCUGGAUACGGGGACAAGCACCAGACUAUGUGUAGCGUUUGGCUUGCUAGCUACCGCCGAGUUACAAAUAUUGUCGUUUCUGCUGUAUCGCACCGUCAAGAGUCGUGGAGGGUGGGGGAUUGACAACCGUCUUAUGGUCAGCCUCUUGCGACAUAAUCUGCUGUAUUUUGGCUGCGGCUUUGCCUUUUCUCUUAGUGUCAUUCUCACCGCAAUUUUUCUUCCAUUUCCAGUUGUACACGUGCUUGCACAGUUUGUCUAUUCUCACUUCAGAGGAGUCACGCGAAUGCACAGGGACUUCUGGAGAUCGGACCGUCUCAAUGCUUCCUGUGGCAUCUCCACAGAUACCUCUCUCUCAACGUGGAUGACAAGAACUCCGCAUGUUGCAUUUACUGUGUGUUCCGAGGGCUAAAAUUGAACGACGGAUGGACAGAUACACGAGUCUGCACCAUCGUUCUUUACUUACUGUAUAUAGUAUCCCGAUCCGAAACGCUCACUUCUUGGA